AAUGAGUCGAUUCAUUGAAGAUAUCACAUCCGUUGGAUUCGAAAAAGAAUACGAGCCAAAGAAACACUACAUAUUUUUGUUCUCUAUUGGUUGGUCGGAUAAGACAAAAUAUGUUGUUUACAGAACUUAUAAAGACUUUUUAAAUUUCCACGUAAGUAAAAAAUUAUUUAGAAGAAUGGAAACAAGAAAGUUUGCGGAAGAGAGAAGUAAAAAGUUGGAAAAAUAUUCUAAAAAUCUAAUGGAUUUAAGACUCUUAGAAAUUAACGACCAAGUAUCAAAAUUUUUCACAAUAAAUGCCAAAGACCUUAAGUUUUUCAAUGGAGAAAGAGUUCUGCAAAAGAAAAAAAAGUCUUUUAGUUUACUAUCGCUUUUAAAUGGUAGACAACAUAAUAGAGACGGUGUUUACUUGUCCGUAUCGCCGCCAAUUCAUUGUUCGUCGUACGAAGUAAUAGCUGAUUAUACUAAGGAAUCUAAAGACGAGAAGACCCUAAAGUGUGGUCAGAUAGUAGAUGUGGUACAGAAAAGUAGUAAUGGGUGGUGGCUUGUUCAAAUUAUCGAUGAAAGUGACGACAAACCAGCUUGGGUUCCCGCGUCCUAUUUACAACCGACUUAUGACAGUACUUCCAAAAGCAAUCCAAUAAUAACGGAUUUGACUUGUAUCACAAUCGAAAACUAUAACAAAAAUCGAGAGGACGAGCUAAGCUUUGAGAAAGGGGUAAUAGUGAAAGUCAAUUAUAUUUGCAACGACGGGUGGUGGAUGGUCAGUUGCAACGGUCAAAAGGGAUUAGUACCUGCCGUUUUCUUAAGGCCAUUUAAAGUCUUUGAAUCGGAAGAAAACAUUUAUGAAGAUUCAUUCAGUUUCGAUGAAACGCCCUUAUAG